CAAAGGUCUGUAUAAAUGAGCUGCGUGCUAGAUCAAUAUUAUAACAAUUUACUUCAGUUCAGCUGAUCAACAUGUAUUUUAUAUAUUUUUUGUGUCUUGUUGUGGCCGUGUCUGGCAUCCAGGCUCAUAAUGUACAACUGUCAUCGACUCAAAAAGUCAAGGCGCACCUAUAUAUUAUGCAAUGUAUGAAAGAGACCGGAGUAAAACCUGACGUAUUAAAAGACGCUAAAAAAGGGAACUUCAGAGACGAUGACGCGUUAAAAAAAUUCACAUUGUGUUUCUUCCAAAAAGCUGGCAUUGUGGACCAGGAUGGCAAAGUAAAUGUGGAUGCUGCUCUCGCCAAAUUACCUGAAGAAGUUGAUAAGGCCGAAGCGGAGACUCUCUUAGAUGGAUGCAAGAAAAAAACUGGCAUAGACGCAGCGGAAACAGCUUUCGAAGUGUUUAAGUGUUACUCUCGUGGAUCUAAAUCCCAUAUUUUUCUGUAAAUUGUGAAGAUACUACUUUCGGUAGCUUAAUUUAUACACUUAGAUUUAGAUUAUUAUUUAUUUUCUCGCACUCUCUCUGAGUUGACCUAGUUACUUCCUUAAUCGUUAAGCUUCGGAGCCCAAGGUCCUACAUUUCUUACAGCAUCCUUAGUAAUCAGCAUAUUUUGAGUUUGUAUCUUCCACUUUAUUUAUAAUUUAUUCAAGGGAAGAAAUAAAUACCGUAUUAAUAUUUUUAAAAAUAGAGCGACAAGCUAAGACUUUUUUCUAUUUCUAUAUAUUUUUACUUUUUGCCAGAAAAAUGACUUUAAUUAUUUUUGCUUUUUUAUAUUAUAUUUACACUAACAUAAAAGUGAAUAUAAAAAAAUUAUAGUUGUUGUUAAGAUGUCAAUGUAAUAAUAUAAUAAAAAGUAAUGAGUUCAAA